AUGUCAUUCUUUAGGUUAACUCUGCAUACUAAUUAUUAUUUUCGCCUCUAUCCCCUAUCAAAUCGAUCGCCCAUCUCAGGUCCCACUCCCUCUUCAAUGCAUUCUCACUGGCUACUUGGCUGGUUAGCAGAUCCUCGCGAUGCACAUGACAUUGCUGCUCUUGAAGAAGUCUCCACAGCUUGUCUGGCUGCUCUUCCUACCGCCGAAGAGGUGCUUAACAAAGGCAGCGAGUUAGCUAGAGCGUUCAAUUCUGUUGGUGUAAAUUUCCCUGCAGGUGGACCUGGUUCUAGUGACAGUGGUGUUGGUGAUAGCGCAGAAAACGCUGUGGAAAGAGUUCAUCGUCUUAUGGAAGAGCUUAGUGAAGCUGUUAACUCUGUAGAUGAAUUAAAUGAGCGAAUCGCUGGUGAGCUAGAAUGGCGUCGUCUUCAGCAACAAAGCAAGCAGGUGUUCCUCGUAUUGAUUAUAUAUCUUUUCUAUUAA